UCUUCUUCUUCUUCUUCAACGCCUUGCGACCUCUUCAACGCCCUAACCCUGCAUCCCAAAGCGCACAUACACACCUUCUUUUAUCACUCUCUUUUGCAAACCCGAGCCCUAAACAACUAGGGCACAUGCCCAAGAGGAAAAGCCCUACAGUUUGACAGAGAGAGAGGCAGAGAUGGAUCCAGAACAGACCUUCAUUAGGGUUCAGGAGCGCUUCUCCCAGAUGCUGACUCCCAGAGUCAGAGCUUCUCUCGAAUACAUUUACCUCUUUGUGGCCAUCACUCUCUUUUGUAUUCUCGUUGUUAUGCACGCCAAUUACGUCCAACAGCCUGGUUGUUCCAGUGAGUUCUCUGGAGUUGAAACAACAGAAGCCCAGCUCAUUCAAAUUAAGAUAACUAGUGCUGGCCUGUGGUCACGAAAUGAGUCAGAAUAUAAAGCAAUCAAUGUUCCUGACAAGGAAACUGUUACUGACAAUUUGAACGUUAAUGUGGAUGGAGAUGGAUUGACGUUUUUGGCUGCGAAGGUUUGGUUAAAUUGGAUUGGUUCAGGUGCUAGGAGGGGCAAAUUGGCAUUGAAAUUUUGGAGAAGCGAUACAGAACACCUUGAACCUCAAGCAGAAAGCUCUACCAACAGUAAAAGCUCUAAGCCAGCAGUUGAUGAUGCAGUCAUUAAAAUUGAUAAAGAGGAGCCACGGGCUAGUUUUCCAGUAUCAGCCAAGGAAUCAUUUAAAGCAGCUCUGGUUCACUUCUGUAGGAAGUGGUACAGGCGUUUAUCAUUCUUUUGGAGGCAUGCAUUGCAAAUCCUAGGAAGUUUCCAAAAGUUAUGGAAUAUAGCAGGUAUACAUUUGAAUCUUGAUAUACCCAAGUGCUUGCGGAUACUUCAUUUGGACAAGCUUAACUUAAUGGCUGUGCAAUGGAUUGAGAAAAGAAGCAAAGCGUUUGAACCAACUUAUCUAUACACUAUGGAAAAAGGGUAUUUUUUGCUACCUGAAGAGGCCAAGUCUCGGCACAACAUACGCACUGUUAACAUUAGCAUCUCAGCUCAUCAUUCCUGCUUCGGAAACAGGUGGCAGCAGCUUCUCAUAAAUCGAUUUGUAGGAUAUGACACUAUUUUGAUUAAUAGUCUCUUGAAUACUCCUGGUCAAGGUUAUCUGUACAAUUAUCAAACAAAGGAGUUCUAUAAUCUUAGUUAUGCAAGUGAACUACCAGAAGGUUCUGCAAGAUUUGGAGACUAUCUGGUGACCAAGUGUGGUGUGCUUAUGAUGUCGCUAUUUGUUUUCUUCACAACCACAAUGUCGGUUUCAUUUACAUUAAGAGAGACACAAACCCGCAUGCUAAAGUUUACAGUGCAGCUUCAACACCAUGCUAGACAUCGGCUUCCAACAUUCCAGUUGAUCUUUGUACACGUGAUUGAAUCCCUUGUCUUUGUACCAAUAAUGAUUGGUAUCUUAUUUUUUCUCUUUGAAUUUUAUGAUGAUCAACUAUUGGCAUUCAUGGUCUUAAUUCUCGUCUGGUUGUGUGAGCUAUUUACACUGAUCAGUGUCCGCACUCCUAUAUCGAUGAAGUUCUUUCCUCGCUUCUUUUUGCUCUAUUUUCUGGUUUUCCACAUCUAUUUCUUUUCUUAUGCUUAUGGUUUUUCAUACUUGGCUCUCUCUGCAACAGCAGCAUUUAUGCAGCAUCUCAUCCUAUACUUCUGGAACAGAUUUGAGGUCCCUGCUCUACAACGGUUUAUGCAAAAUCGACGUUCGCAACUUCAGCCACACCCAGACUUCCACAUUACCUCCUCCACUAUCCUUGCCUCGACUUUACAUAUCACAAGAUUAAACACGAGGAACCCAGGUCCAGUUAACACAGAGGUUAUGCCAGGACCUGGUUUGAGACCUGGCCCUGAUCCAGCAAUGCCAGCAAAUGGUGCAGCAGGAGCUCCCGGAUUAUAUCAAGAAGGGUCAGAAAAUGACAACCUAAGUAGAGGAGGCAAUCUCCAGAUUCCAGGACAACCAGAGCUCCGACAGGCAGAAACUGGUGCCAACCCUGGGACCAUGAACUCUUUCAGCUCUCUAUUGCUAUGGAUCUUAGGGGGUGCUUCUUCUGAAGGCCUCAACUCAUUUCUUUCAAUAUUUAGAGAUGUGAGAGACCAGGGGCAAGUUUAUGCCGAAUCCCCACAACGCGAGAACCGUGCAACUCAGAAUCUUCGAUAGUGUGGGGGAAAACAUAAGAUAUGAAAACUGGUUAAUGCUUGUCCUCUUUAUGUAUGUAAAAAUCUUGGACAACAUUGCACAGGUGUACUAAACAUACUUGUUUACAUAGAAAACACUUUGUGAAAUAUUCAACAGGGGUCACCCCCUCUUCACUUACCCAUGAAAAUGAAGGUGGUGGUAGAAAAAGGAAAGGCACAGAAAAGGGAAAAAAGGGUCAAAAAUCGAGGGUUUGAUGUUGAGACCAGAUAUGUUUUAAGAAGAAUUCCAUUACUAAGGUAUGAUAUAUUGAAGAGGUGGUAUUUCAUUUUGUUUA